AUGACCGCUCCCUCCUCCUUCAACGGCCGCCAGGCCGACAAGAGGGUUGCCGUCCCUAUCAUCGCCCGUCCAAACAUCGAGCCACCCAGAGAGAGGCAGGCUCACGUCCAGAUGGCCGCCGUCGCGCGUCCUGCUGCUGUCCGUAGCUCUCUCCUCAGCAACAUGACUCUCCAGGCGCACGUUGCGGUUGCUGGCCCCAUCAAUCAGCCCGUCCCACAGGAGACGGCCCCCCUCACCACGCCAAUGCAAUGGCUGGUGCGCAACAGCGAUGCGGACGCCCCACACGUUGCGCAAGCCCCCAUUGGCACUCCCAMAGGGAACGUGAAUCCCCCCCGCCCGUCCUUCUCCACCGACCUCGGCCCAAACGGUGGCCACUACGUCCGCAUCAGCGGCAUCAAAGAGUCCACCGUCUUGGAGACGCAGAGGGCCCUGUAUUCCUCCUACAAGUGGUCGGAGAAGCUCCUUGGCAGCCGCUCAUCGGGAGAAGGAGAUACAUUCAAGAUGUAUCUCCGGUUCGACAGUAUCGAAGAAGCGGCCCAAGCGGGCGAGCAAGUGUCAAUGGCGCUGCCCGGAGCCCAGACGGACCCCGUCCCAUUUCACGAGUAUGCCACUGCUGAGGGCGGUCCACGGGACGACGGCCAGUUUUACGACGGCCAAGUCAUCUUCACGGCCAAAUUCAUUGGCCCUAUUUCUCAGCUCAACAAGGAAGAUGCGUACCUGGAGUUCGAAAAGACGACUUCGCUCUUUGACGGUAUCCGCGCCUCUGAAGAGGUCCGGCAGACGGCGACCACGGUGGAGUUUCGCGUGGAAUUCGACAGGAUCUCCGGCGCUCGCCUCGCUCUGGCCGCGGUGAGCACAGAGUCGCCGUACGUCAACAACGGAUGGAUGGUCACAACAAAGGAAAUCAUGGACCCCCUGAAGUCCAGGAAGCAGAUGCCCGACGUCAUCACCCAAAGCCCAAGUGGACGCUCAGCAUGGAGCGUAGAUGCCAACGGCAACCUCGUCGUGAAGCAGCCAACGCAAUCCCUGUCUCAGCUGUUCAAGUCCAUGGCGAUCGUCCCGUUCCAGCCGGCUCAGCAGCUCUGGCCAGUCAUGUGCGGCGGUUACGAUGUGUAUGACCAUUACGGUCGUUCGGCGCAGCCGUACCAAUCGUACCAGCCGUAUGAUGAUCGCCACUCCUCGGCGGACAUCUACUUGGAGGACAUCCGCGAGGGCCAUGACGUACGUACGACAAUCAUGGUUCGCAACAUUCCGAACAGUUGGUCGUACGCCGAGCUCAAGGAUCGCAUGGACGAGUACUGCCAUGGCCUGUACGACUUCUCGUACCUCCGCAUCGACUUCAAGGAGGGCACCAACGUCGGCUAUGGUUUCGUGAACUUUACGCGCGCCGUGGACAUAAUCCCGCUGCACGAGGGCCUCUUUCAGAAGCCUUGGGUCCGCGGCGGCAAAGGCAGAAAGUGUAACAUGUCCUACGCCACCGUCCAGGGAAUCGACUGUCUUAUCGAGAAGUUCCGCAACUCCUCGAUCAUGGACGAGGCUCCACCCUACAAGGCCAAGCUGUGGUGGACCACCUUCGAUGUCAACGACACCGAGAGUGCCAAUGAGGCCUCAGCCAGCAGCAACACCCAGAUGGUCAAGUCCUCCGGUGGCGCCACGCAUUUCGUCACGCCUGACAUGGUCGGCACAGAGCGCCCAUUCCCUCCUCCAGACAACGAGACCAAGCACCAGCGCUCCAACGCCAACGCCGCCAACAGCGAGCUGUAUCCUGGCGCGCGCGGUGGCCUGAUCACUCGAGGUGGCAGACGCGGCAGACGCGGCGGCUUCUCCAACUACGACCGCGGCACCACUCAUCAGAUGCACGAGGAGUUCUUCCAAGCCCUACCCAUGCCAUACGGCUACUUCCCAGUCGUCCCGCCACAGCUCAUGAUGAGCCCGUACUACCAGCAACACCACCCCGUCGGAUAUGGUAACAACCACUACCAGCACCACAGCGGUCCCGGGUACGCUGCCAACCAUCGCCAGUAUAAGAGCAGUGCCCGCGGCGCUCCUCGCGACGGCUUCAUGUCCAACGACGCUCGCAACGACGCUCGCAUGCCGCGAUCAUUCGAAUUUGAGGACUCGCAUGCGACUUCGUCUCGUGGCGGCUUCAACAAGCGUGGUGGUCGCAUCUACACCUAG